AUGCCCAACAAGCGGAGGAGAUCACUGUCCGGUCCAAAUACUCCAGCCCGUCUUUCCGAAGCUUCAUCUGUGCACUCCGUCACAGACUCGAACGACUACAUCCAGUCCCUUGUCAACUACUUCAGAAUGCCACGUGACCCCAACGUUGCGAAGGCCCACUGGGAUGCAAAUAUGGAGAUUCAUUUCUGUAUGACAUUCGUCGAGUGGAAAAGGAGUGGGGAGUGGAAUCCAAACGUUUCAUCUGAGGCCAAUUGGAUGAAGCUUGCUGUGCAUCUGAAUUCGCAGUGGGGGAAGCAGUACGCAUGGAGUGUCUACCAUUCUAAAUUCGGACGAGAGAAGAGGAUUUGGCAUGCCUUUGCCAAGUUGAAGGGUCUGCGCCAAUCUGCCGAAACAGGUAUUGGUUGGGACGAGAAUAGGAGGUGCUUCUUGGCUGAAGAGUCUCAAUGGAACAAUCUGUGCCUGGAGAAUAAUGAUUAUAGGUACUUCAGAUUCGGGCAAUGCGUCGACAAAUAUGCAAUCCUGCACGAGAUCUUAGAAUCAGAAACCGCCACAGGGAGUCAAGUUCAAGCCUCUUCAGUUCCACCUUCAGUUUACAAUCCACGCAAGCGAGGUGGGCAUAGUCGUGGGCAGACUGUCACUUCGCCUGUUGGUGAUGACAUGUACAACGCGGGCAUGGAUGGGGAUUUCAACGAGGAAUCUCCGGUUGUGGGAGUGAAGCGAGGUUCGAGCAGUCAAGGCGUGACAACCUCGCUCCCAAGUGCAUCCCGGGGAAGCAAGUCAAGUCGAAGUACCAACGAUCCAUUCGUCGAGUGUGCCAACUCCCUCUCGUCCCUAGCGAAUUCUAAGUUACGAAUCAAGGCAACCCGAGCAUCCGACAAGGAGAAAUUUGAUGUCGAUAUGGCAGUCCAGGUCGUCGAAUCAUUUGGGCCAUCGCUCGAUAAAGGGGCUAAGCUCGCUGCAUUUUGCGCACUCCAGGACGACAAGUGGCGGAAGACGUUCCUCAGUAGCAGUCGCGAGAUGCAAGAGUUCUGGUUGUACUCUUUGGUGCCGCCACCUAAACAGGGACCCGAUGGGCCCAAGUAG